UCUUCCUCUAUCUUCGCAUUCCUCUCUCUCCCCCCCACCCCCGGUCCUGCACAGGAAGUGUACCUGCCUGCUGGGCUCUGAUUGGCCAACGGAGACACGCAGACAGGCAGAGAUGAUGUGUCGAGGACUCCGACUGGCCGGCUGGGCCUCCCUGUCGCUCCUGUUGGCCCUGACUGGAAAGGGACAGGCCAGCAACAUGAACUGCACUUUGGCAUCGGGGAUUUCGGAUAGAGAGCAGAAAGUGCUGAAUCUGCUGGAGCCCAUCAGCAACCAGGACUUCUCCACCAGCUCGACGGAUGGCACCUACACCUACUACUUCCGUAUCUGCGGCGACGCCCAUGGCGCGGGGAGCGCCGGAGUGGUGCAGGAGGACAGCAAGAGCAAGAAGGCGACCGUGAUCGGGAGAUACAACAGCACGCAGGCCUUCAACGGGAGUGACUGGGUGAUGCUGAUCUAUGGUGGGGGUGAUAACUAUACGUCUCACUGUGGAAAGGAACAGAGGAGAGCCAUGGUGCUGAUCUCCUGUAAUCGACGGGUGUCUGCGGGGAACUUCGAAGUAAUGUCAGAGGAGAGAGACAAGGCUAGAGACUGUUUCUACUUGUUUGAAAUGGAUUCCAGCUACGUUUGUCCAGAGACUCACCUGAGCAUUGGCUCCAUCCUGCUCAUUGUGGUCUUCUGCUUCCUGUGCGUCUACCUGGUGGGUGGGUUCCUUUACCAGCGGUUGGUUGUGGGGGCCAAGGGAAUGGAGCAGUUCCCCAACCUCUCCUUCUGGCAGGGAAUUGGGAACCUGACCGCUGACGGCUGCGACUUUGUCUGCCGGUCCCGAGCUCACGAGGCUCCGCCGACGUACCGGGGCGUGCCGACCGAGCCGCUGGGGGAGGAGCCCGAGGAGAGGGACGACCACCUGCUGCCCAUGUGAUCCGCGGCGGCCUCGCGGUGACAUCAUCGUACUGACAUCACACACCCCCACCCCCACACCCACCCCCAGCCCAGCCACCAGGCCGCCAUCGCCAGACAGACAGACUCACCUUGCACAAGCUCUCCAGCGCUCUGUACCCCGCAUGGCUUGGCAGUAGGCAGUGUCACACUAACCAGAUCACGUCUUUAGAAAGCGUGGGGGAGGUCAAUUCUAGCGGCGUCCCCAAGAAGCAAGAGUUACUGGAGAGCUACUAUCUAUCUGCCCCUCCCACAGUGGGGCUGCGGUUAUCCCUUCUGAGUUAGAGCUCUGCGCGGGUCGCAGGCUGCUUUGGGUCGGUAGACGUAGUUAAAGAGCAGAGCAAGAGGGGCACAGAGACGGACAGAUGCGCUCGGAUAGAAACGGCGACUGACAGACUCCUCUGCAGUAGAAGAACUGCGAUUCCGUUCCCGGUGUCCGACUGUUCACCCAAAGAAGAGCCUUUUAAACUGUUACAGCCUGAUUGGCGUCAUCGUUGUUUGUUCGUUCUGCUUAAUGAGCCUGAACUCGGUGCAGCGCAGGCAUGCUGAGGGAAGUGCAGCUCACAGCCAGAGGAGAAAUAUUCAUAACCCAGCAGGAAAGAGCGCCCCCUGUCUCGUUGCGGAGGCAUGGUGGGGAUAAUUACAGUGAGCGAUAAGUGCCGCACAUGGGGACUCCCAAAUCAGAAACAACCUUGGAGAGGUCUUGCAGUCAAGGUUACAGAACAUCGCUGUGAUGUCUGGCAGGUAGUGCCCUGGGGUUGGCUAACACAGCUUCCCUUGCCACCCUCCAUGGCUGGGGUGGUAGGUCGAAGCACUGUGGGAAAUGUAGUUCUUGACUGCAUCAGAACAUGGAUUUUUUCCCCACUACAUCUCCCACAGUGCCCCACUCACUACUCCAGCACUGCGUUCCCGAAAAUACUGUGCAGGUUGCACAGAGUGCAGCUCAUGUUGAAAGAGAGGAGAGGUGACCAGGUGGCUUGUCUACCACCUGCGUCUCUGUUUUAAACCAGCAGGGUAUCCCUGUAAGCUUUCUGCUGAGGGCUUGUGGAGCAGAGGCAUGUCUGGAUAUGACACCAAUUGGGCCAGGCACUGAAUAGACAUGGAGGCCCAGUUGGGGAGACAGCAGUUUUUCAGCAGGGAAAAACCCCCAGACACCCCCCAAUGCAUCCAAAAAGUGAAGCAAAAUCCGGAAGAAUUAGACUUGAUUGUUUUCAUGGUCAUGAAUUGUUUUACUGCUUUGACAUCUGGGUAAAGAGAUGAGCUUUGUGUUGUUUUCUUUUAAUUAAAUGGACAGUUCUGUUUUUUUUUUCUCUUCGUUUGUUACUCGGUCUUCUGUUCCAAAGUGUUCACGAAGGAGCAGGCGUGUCAAUAAAGGGCAGGAGUUAAGAGCGAC